AUGGAGCACUCGAAUGGUAAACGCAAGCUUAGUACAGACCAGUCCGAGCCACCUCACCCACAGUCCUCGGCGACAAUUGGAGGCUCGUCGGAGGGUUGGAGCAGCAAAAGGAAGCUCUAUGCCAUCGAGGAGCGCGAGGAGAGCUCCCCGGUGACUGUGGGCAAGGCGGAGGCGGAUCUGGCCUACGAUGCGGAUGUGGACGAGCUGGAGCAGCCGGCAGGUGAGCGAGAGAUCAUCUACGAGCUGUUCCAGCCCUGGGCCCUCAGCACAUACGGCGAUCAGGCCAAGACCAAGACGAUAACGCUGCGCAAGAAGGCGCGAAUUCUUAAGGCCCUGGAGGGCAAGGAGCACAGUCGCCCGGAUAGCUCCAAGUUUCGCUUCUGGGUCAAGACAAAGGGCUUUACCACCAAUCGACCCGAGGGUUUUGAGGAGGCCCCCGGCAGUCGACGGCGUCUGAAACCUCUUCCUAGCUCAGCCAUCCUGUCUGAUAAUCCCGGCGACGUGGACCUUUUUGCCGCCUCCACCAGCAAGGGAUUCGGUCGCAGGACUUAUCGGAAGGUGGCCUGUGUGGAGGAGUUCUUUGACAUCAUCUACAAUGUGCACAUGGAACUGGGAGGCCGCAGCGGAAUGCACGCGGGUCAGAAGCGCACCUACCGCAUUAUCACCGAAACCUAUGCGUUCCUGCCCCGCGAGGCGGUCACCCGCUUCCUGACCAUUUGUCCCGAGUGCAAGAAGAAUCUGCGACCCUCCUCGCCAUCGGCGGGCGGCAAGGAUACCGACCUGGCCGGCAACGAGAGCUCCUCGGAAGUGGAGAACUACCUGAAUUAUUCAUCGCACACGGAGAGCUCGCUGGAGGCGGGGCCCACGGCCAAGCGCCGUCGGCACUCGAGCGCCGACCUCAAGGCCUCGACUGCCAGUGGUUUGGCUGUGGGCGUGGGUGGGGGCGUUUCUGUGGGUGGUCCCGUUGCCAGCAGUUCCAGUGCCACUCAGCUGGACGUCCUGGGGACAGGACCUCCCCAGAGCCGCAGUCCCAAGCCACCGCAGGCAGUUCAGGCGGCUGUUGAAAGCACCCCGGUUAGCGUGCCCAAAAUCCGGGUCAAGACUCAGUUGCAGCGUCCGUCGAGUCCGCUAGAUCAGUGUCCUGGCAACCCGAAUAUCACUCCCCAAUCUCAAACCUCAUCCCAAUCUCAUCCCCAACCCAGUAGCCAGUGCUUUGAUGUACAGCUGCUGAAGUCGCGGGAUAAUCUCCUCAGAUACUAUGACUUCAUGAGGCGCUUCUAUGCCGGCGAACCGGUUUUAGCGCCGCCCAUCUACGGCAGCAGCCUGUUGCAGAGCCUCAGCUAUCCAACCACCGUCUCAACAACCCCUACAACCCCUACCACCUCUAGCACCCCUACCACCUCAGCCCCUGGCAAGAUGCUGGCCCCUCCCAAGGCGGCGACUCCGCCAAUGAUCAAGACCUCGCCGGACAGCUCGAUGCGGGCACGCUCUCCGCCUCCUCCUCCUCUUGCAGAUUCAACAGCCAGGCCUGCUGCCGCCGCCAGCAAGGAUACCAAUGCCCUUACACCGAUAAAUCUAACGAAAUCUAUAUUUUCCAGCCUGAAAACCGGACAUCCAGCCUCCACCUCGACGCCGGUGCCGCUCAAGCUGGAACUGUUGAGUCCGCCGAAACCUCUGCCGGAACUUAGGAUCCCCCAACUGCGCGGUCUUCCGCCCGUGGAACUAUCACUCCCACUGCCUCCGUUGGAUUUAGAGCGAUUGAAGCCCAUCACCUCGACAUACUUGCAGUUGACGCGCAGCAUGGGACUCAGCGAUGAGGAUGCCCUGCGGUUCGACAACCUGUUUCUCUUUUCUCUGACAUGCUUGGCUUAUAAAUGUAACCCAACUAAUGCAAUGCUAACGAGCGAGAAAGACAAUGGCAGAAAAACACCUUUGUCGGCCGCACAACUACCAACGCACGCUGACUACACCCACACAACACUACAGCCAAAUCAACCAUAACCAAAAUGCUUUCGGCCACCAAAUGCGUUUCGCCACGAGCUGCGCACAAAAUUAUGCAAUAGUUUUUUCCACGUAUUUUAAUCAUUUUGCCGUGAAAUUCCAAUUGAAUUUCUCGUUCCGCGCUUCCCCUUUGUGUUUUUUAUAUAUAAUUUUGAUCUCUUAAUGCUUGAAUUAUUUUUGGCUGCAAUUUGUUUUUUUUUCGUUUGCUAAAAUUAUGUUGUUAACCAUGCUUAGUCAACUAAUGUUAUUAUUUUAAUGUUAUUUUGUUGAUUUUUUAUUUAUAU